CGGAAGUGGCGGACGGAAGUCGGUGUGCCCCGCGACUGUGGAGGGCGAGGCGCCGCCGCCACCAUGGGCCGCGAGUUUGGGAAGCUGACCCGGGUGCGGCAUGUGAUCACCUACAGCUUGUCGCCCUUCGAGCAGCGCGCCUUCCCGAACUACUUCAGCAAGGGCAUCCCCAACGUGCUGCGCCGCAUUCAGGCGUCCAUCCUUCGGGCCGCGCCGCCAUUUGUAGCAUUUUAUCUUGUCUACACAUGGGGGACCGAGGAGUUUGAGAAAUCCAGGAGGAAGAAUCCGGCUACCUAUGAAAAUGACCAAUAAGCAACUCAUCUGGAGGAUGGUUCCCUGUGUCUGAAAGACCUUUUUCUGAGAGAGGAGUCUACACUGUAUAGUGUCUUGAAGACACAAUAAACUUCUUAUGGACUGCAAUGUUGUGAUUUUGCAUUUUUGUGAGCAGAGUCCUUGGUGCGACUUGCUAAUACUCAAGUUAAUGAACUCCCUUCCCGAGAUGAGCCCUGAACAAUUUGGCUAGUCUGGGAAUUUAUUGAAGGAGUGGGGCUCGCCCCUUGUUCUACAGUAUAAUCUGCAAGAAAGGAGCUGCCACUACUCUUGCAAGCUGGCCAGUUGUGGGUGGCAUGGACUGUGGGGAGUGUUGGUUCCCAUCCCUCUGAUCCUAUAACAAUAAUAAAAUCUAACUAUAUUGUAA